AACGCAUUUGAACAAUUAUUUAAAGAUAUUUGAUUAGUUUAUUGUUUGAAGUUUAAAAAAAAUUUCAUAAAACUAUGACUCUCCAUGUACGAUUAGAAUUUCUGUUUUGGGCCUGGAAAAUACAUAUUUUUGACAAAGAAAAUCUUUCAUUGUAGUUGACGACAAGAAAAGAAAAGGCGCCAAAAAUGAUGAUAAUAAUCAGGGGAGGUAAUGGGAGAAGCAAGAAACACAGGAGAGGUAAGCAACUUAGCAACAGGCAUAAAUAAGUUUCAGUAAAGUUGUUAAUGUUUAUAUCAUUUGUUGGCAAACAUAUUUAACUGAAUGUGGACGUAAUUUAUAUUGAAAUGACAAAUAUACGCCACUUUGACGCUAUCAAAAUAUUCCUAUAUUCUGGACACAAAGUUUAUAAGUAAUUAUCAUUCUACCUUAAUUAUGUCUAGUCUUUCAGGUAGUUCUAGCAUUGAAAUACCAUUGGACAUUUCUCUUGAAAAUCAAGUACAAGAAUUUCGAGCUGCUCUAAGAAGCUUUGAGGAAGAUUUAGAAAAUGAAGAAAUUGAUCAUAGCCAAGCUAAGAGUUACAGUAAACACUGCAUCUCUGAGACAGAUGCUUACGAAAACUAUUCACAAGACAAUUCAAGAAAUGAAACAACAACUAAAAGAUUGACCGAUCCUCAAGAACCUCAACAAAAGACAUCAUCAGUGAUUGCUACUAAACAGGUUGAAAUGGCUAAUCUUUCUGACAGUUCUGAUCUUCAACCUGAUUCAGAGCAGAUAUUUGAAGACAUAAGUACCGGUUCUUAUAGGAAGCUGCCUCUUACCAGUGAUUCUCAACAACCUUCCGAUAGACCAGCCUACAGUUUUCCUAAACCUAACACACAAGCUUUAAUGACUGCUUUGAGAAGUUUUGAGAAGCAGAUGAAGAAUCUAGAAUCUGAGCUUAAUCUCGCUAUGAGUCGCAAUAAACAACUCCUCUCUGAAGCAGAUGCUUACAAAAACUGUCCACAAAACAAGGCUGGGAAGGAAACAUUUGAAGACUUGGCACCUCAGCAGAGUGAACCUGAAGAAAAAAGAUCAUCAGUGACUACCACUAAACAGAAGGUCGAUCAAGUAUUUAGUCCUCCCAGCUGUAGUGACGUUAGACCACAUUCAGAUCAGAUUUUUGACAUUAGCACUGGUUCUUACAAGAAACUUCCCACUACAAAGCCUUCAAUCAAUGGUGAUCAUCAGACUUCUGAUAAACCAGUCUACACGUUUUCUGAAACAAACAUAGAAGCUUUAAUGAAUAGUCUAAAAAGAUAUAAGCAGCACGUUGAUGUUUUGGAAUCUGAACACGGCCAAGCUGUAAGUCAUAGCACAGAGUGCGUCUCUACUGAGACGGAGGAUUACAGAAAUCAUUCACAAAAGAGUGCAAGGAAUGGAACAACAGUUGAAAGAUUGACUCAUCCUCAAGAUAUAAUUGCAUCAGUAGCCAGAAUUAAAUCAAGGUGUAUUUUGCUGAAGAAAAACUUAGAACAGCUGAAGCAAUUGGCUUUGAAGGCAGAGCAAAACAAGGUAAACCUACAGAAAGAGUUGGAAAAUCAAAAGAGCUGUAAAACUUUAGCACUUCAUCAAUCAUCUCCACAUCAAUUAUCUCUGGACCAAAUUACAGGACUUGAACGAGAAAUAUUACAACUGUCUAUUAUUCAAAAUGUAGCUGAACAACGGAUUAAGCUUUUGGAACAAGCCCUAACAAUAGAGAAGAAACAAAUGGAGAGAUUAGAGACGGCCUUAAAAUCAUUCACCCAUCAAAAUGGUGCCGACAUUAACAUGCAGGACGUUUUCACUUUAACGGAACCACACAGCAAAUGUCAUCAUCUCGACUCUUCGGCAAACAAAAGACAAAUUGCUGGUACCACGUCGACAGACUGUACAAGUUCUUCUUUGCUGAACUGUAAUAACCUCCAAGAACUGUUUGCUCAACUCCAAAGAGAAUUCUGUCAGCUGACAUGGAAACACCAGAAUUUAACGAAACUGUAUAACGAGACACAUGAGAGCCAGUUACACGAAGACCUUGAGACAGAGAUUGACAAUCUCGUGGAUCUGAUGGAAACAAAAGCAAAGCAAAUGGUUAAAAUUCGCAAAGCCCUCUACCCGCCAAAGAAAGAAACUAAACAUGAAAAGAGGAAAAAACGAGAAACCAAUCAAUCAUUGUGUAAAACCAAAACUGUUUCCUUAGGGAACCAUUCAAGAACUUUGAAAAGGCCUUGCAGGAAUUUACCACAGACAGGCUCAGAAAAUGUUGGGAGAAAACCUCAUCAAAUUUCAAAAGAUCCAAGAAAAUUACAAGCUACGUUGCGUCAAGAGGAUUUACGUUGGGUGUGAUUAUCAGACGUGUGUCAGAGAUUAUCUCCUAUUUUAAAUCAUUGUUGACAAUUGAAAGGUACACAGAAACGAAUGACUUCAGCAUUUCAAAUCAUGUCUUUUCUAAUCAAGAAUAUUGGAAUGGUUCUGCAAGACGUUGCAAUAUUCUAUAUGUUUUAUUUUUUAAAUAUAUUUAUGAAUCAAUCAAUGGAGUAAGAUGCCCCUAAUGAGCUGAGUCCCUCAUUUGUCUUGAUUCCUGGUUUUAGCUGAAUUACUUUGUGGAAGUAGUUCUCAUUGUGCUGAUUAGAUUUAUGCGUAUUCUGUCAUUUGAAAUGUGGAGAAUUCCAGAAAGUAUCUGACUGUCAAAAGCGACUUAACUUGGUCCCCUGUCUCAAGUGCAUUUGCAUGGAACCAAGUAUAGUUGGUUCCUGUGCAGCAAAGGUUAAUACUGCUGAAAGAGAUUCAAACAAUGUUUAAAUACCAUUCCCUCUCUGAAAUAAUUCAGAGAACUUUUGCUUCAUCCAAAGACCAAAAUAGAUUCUUUCAUUCAUUUUCCUAAUUUACAUUUCCAUUGCUUAACCCUCUAGCAUUCAAACUGGACAUAUCUGGCCCAAAUAUUCCACAUGUUUUAUGUUCAAACUGACCAAAUCCAGCCUCUUAUACAUAGCCUACAAUGUCAUGUUAAAAAUGAGCAAUCACAUCAUUGAAAUCUCAGAGCUAUGAGAUAAAGCAUGAUUGAUUCAAGACAUCAUCGUUUAACGUCCGUUUUCCAUGCUGGCAUGGGUUGGACGGUUUGACUGGGGUCUGGGAAGCCAGGUGGCUGCACCAGGCCCCCCAAUCUGAUCUGGCAGUGUUUCUACAGCUGGAUGCCCUUCCUAAUGCCAACCACUCCGAGAGUGUAGUGAGUGCUUUUUACAUGCCACCGGCACAGAAGCCAAUCAGCCACGUUUGGAUGGUGCUUUUUACAUGCCACCGGCACAGGGGUCACAACUACAGUUUCCAUUUGAUCAUUGAAAUCUCAGAGCCUUGAGACAAUGCAUGAUUGAUUCAAAUCCAUGUGAAUAAAUAAGCAUUACAUUGGUCAGAGUAAUCUGAAUGCUAAAGGAUUAAAGUGAUUCCUGAUAUUUUGGAGAUGCCAGUCCAGUUAGCAAGUUGCAGUUAAGAGAAUUGUAGGUGACUGGGAAGCAGGGAAGCAGGACAUUAUGUCUUCUACUCUAUUCUCAGGCACUGUGAGUUGAAUUUGGAAAUGGAAGCCUGCCGCGUGUGUACAUGUGUAUAGGCACAGGCAUAGCUGUGUGGUUAGGAAGUUUGCUUCCCAACCACAUGGUGUCAAGUUCAGUCCCACUGUGUAGUAUAUUGAAAAAAAUGCUUUGGGGUGUCCGAAGCCUUGUGAAUGGAGUGGGCAGACAGAAACUGAAAAAACACUCAUAUAUAUAUAUAUAUGUGUGUAUGUAUGUAUAUAGGUGCAAGUUUUUGUCUCCUCGUCUUAAUCACAAUACAGUUGUAAGCAAGUAUCAGUCAUACAAGAGAUGGGUUUCGUUUACAAUCUUCAAUGAAAACAUGUCUAGUCAUGGGGAAAUGUUACCUUGCUGUGAAACAGUUGAGGGUUGGUGACUGGAAGGGCUUGCUGUUACUGAAAAGUUGCUUCAACAAAUUCUGUCUGACUCAUACAAGCAAGAAAAGUAGACGUUAAAUGAUGAUGCAUGUGUGUGUGUGUUAAUGUUUAUAUUCUGUGGCAUCUUUACAUAAAACUGCUCAAGCAAAAACGGUGGCAUCAUGCUGACAUUCCCUUUUAACAGAUCAUCUCAUAACUCUGUGCUUUUGAAAACAAAUGGAAUAACAAAUAGUCCCUUAACUGAAAAACAAGCAAGGGGUUGGUGACAGGAGAAGCAUCCAGCUGUAAAGUAGUGUUUCAAAUAUCAAACUUUAUAUAUAUAUCGUUAUUCUGUUUCUUUGGAAACAUUACUAGUCACAUAGAUAGGUGCCAAGAGAUUACGAAUUUUAAUUUUUGUAAUUAAAUUAUGUAUUUUAUAAUUAUAUUUUAUAUAUUCUACAAAAGAAAAAGCAUUUAGUGUGACUGUGUGGUAAGAUGAGUGCUUCCCUACCACAUGGUUCUGAUGGAAACUGGAAGAAGCCCAUCAUAUGUGUAUGUGUGUGUCUUUUGUGUUUGUCCCCCACCACUUUUUGACAACCGGUGUUUACAUCCUUAUAACUUAGCAGUUCAACAAAAAGGACCGAUAGAAUAAGUACCAGACUUUAAAAAAAAAAGUACUGGGGUCAAUUUGUUCAACUAAAUUUCUUCAGGGCAAUGCUCCAGCAUGGCCGCAGUCUAAUAACUGGAACAAAUAAAUGAUGAAAUAAUAGAUUUAUUAAACUAAGUGUUGUGAUAAAUCUUACCAUUCCAGGUCCCACCAUCAUCGUUGUCUUCUUUCCAGCUACUCACCCUUAUAGAAUGUGGGGUAGGCAUGUAUCUCAAGACACCUGUGCCUGUCCCUUGAUCAUGCUUCAGCCUCUCAACACCUGACACAAAAACCCCUUUCCUCAGUGUUGUGCCACCAAUCAGUCGAAGGGUCUUUUUUAGUCCUGUGAGUUACAUGGUAACCUCAUUAGUACAAGUGACAUUAAAAAAAAACACCCAGCACACACUAUAAUGGGGCUGGUGUGAGAAAGGGCAUCCAGCCAUAGAAACCUUGCCAAACCAGACACCGGAGCAUGGUGCAGUUCUCUGACCUAUUGGAUCCUGUCAAACCAUCCAACCCAUGCCAGCAUGGAAGACACAGUGAAUGAUGAUGAUGAUGUCUAUUUUUUCUACAAACAAUGAUCCUUCACAUUAGAACUUUUAAAUAAAUAUGAUUGUAUGUAUGACUGUGUGAGAUACACAUUGUUGAGAGAUGAUGAUGAUGAUGAUUUACCUUUGACGGAUAUUUGUCCCCAUCUUGUUUGUUGUUAACACAAUGUUUUGGUUGAUAUACCUUCCAGCCUUCAUCAGUUGUCUUGGAGAAAUUUCGAACCUGGGUUCUCAUUCCUAAGGUAUUUUUCAAUGUUGUUGUUGUUGUUGUUGUUGUUGUUGUUGUUGUUUUUCUUCUUCUUCAAAUUUUCUUCCAUUUCUCGCCGAGUGUUUUCCGUACACCUAGUGCAGAGAAGUUCAUUGUAUGCAUUCCCAGUUUACACACGCAAAUUCACAGGUAAAAUAUGUAUUUUUAAAAAAAUUAAUAAAUAAAUAAAUAAAUUCAUGAAUGGGUGUUGUUUUCCCAGCGAUAAUGCCCUUCUCAGUACAUGAGUCGUUCCAGUUAACAUGAUUUUUUUGCACUUCCUGUAGGGAUGGUAAGCCUGGUAUCAUUUUCAAAUAGGUUUCAGUACCUUUUUUUUUACCCUACAAUCACUGGUACGGUAGUCGCCUUGAGAUUCCACAUUUUUUCAAUUUCUAUUAGCAAGUCUUUAUAUUUACUGAUCUUGUCAAAUUCUUUCGCCGCUAUAUUAUGAUCACAGGGAAUACUCAUGUCAAUUAAUAAACACAUUUUUUUGUCUGAUCUUUUAUAGUAGUAUCCACUUUAUUAGCUUUUAUAGUUUUGUCGGUAUGUACGGGGAAGUCCCAGAGAAUUGACACAUUUUCUCCCUCAGUUACAGCUUCAGGAUGGUGUUUAUACCAUUUGUCAGGGGUUUUGAUUUUAUAAUGCCGACAUAUUGUCCAGUGUAAAUACUGGCCGACUCUGUCAUGUCUUACUUUAUAUUCUACAGGUGCUAAGACUC